AUGUUCAUUCCUUUGUCCUUCCUUGCCUUGAAGGCCAUCUUAUCCCUAUGUCAGAUUGUUAUCGUUGGAGGAUUCGGUGCCAUUUUGGGAAUCUACUCGAGGUUUGGAGGUGAAUAUGCCAACAGCAUCAGAUGGGUCCGUCAAGGCGGUUACUUUGAGAUGUCCUCUUUGCUUCUUCAUUUUCCCAAAAGAAUCCCAAUUCGAGCAAAGAUUGCUAUGGUCGUUGCUUUCAUCAUGGCUUUACUCGUCAGUUUAGCUGACAAGGCUGUCUGGGCUUUUGUCAAGCGAUCGCAAGAACCCAGAUUCAUCUCGACGUCUGUCAUUAGUACACCACAGCACAUCAUUAGUGUUCCUUGGACUACCUUCUCUGGAUGGUCCACAUCCAUGCGAGCUGGAACAAGUAUUGUAGAAACCAUGAAGCAAAUGCUGGGUGAUCACAAAAGGAUUCCAUCUGCGGUUCCGGGACGGCUAUAUGAACCUACGAUUUCAUCUUAUGAAGAGUCAUGCAAACAACUUGACCUGAAUGUGCACUAUGACAUGGAUUAUAAUACGACCUUAACAAAUGGCAGCUGCUCGACGGUGUAUCUCAUGGCUCCUAUCAUCAACUCAGUCCGAAAUAAUACCAACGUCAACAUCGUUAAGCGAUCCAGUGAUCAAUGGAGUAUAAGCGUACCGAUCAAGACAUCGCCUGAACAAUUGCAUAGGAUCAAUUGGAUAGUAAUUCAAGAGUAUAAAAAUCAGACUUGUAUAGUUUCCAACCCAAAUACCUAUCACGGUUCAGCGGCCAGCAAUAGCAUGGAUAAUUUACCGGCGACAUCGGCCCUCAAAUGUAUCCAUCAGACAGGCGAUAUUUCGAUUGUAACAGUCACCUCCACCGAGUUUUCAGCUCGAACAACACAGAAAUUUCGCCAAGUGUCGACUAAAAUAUUUGGAGAAUACAAUGAUAUGUUUCGGGCCAUGGAGGCGCAUGCCAGCAAUCCAACCCUCACAACCUCCCAACAAUUACUUGUAGAAGUUCAAAUUGUCGACUCCACGGUUUAUACUUUAAUAUGCUACUGGGGCCAAGUAUCACCUCCCAAAUCAACAACUUGGAAGUGUACCUAUCUUAUCUUUGAUGCUGUCGUACUCAAACCACAAGUUCCAAAUGCUGAGAUUGCCAAAGCUCGUGGGAACAGACCACUGUCUAAACUUCCAGAAGAGUCUACAACCAACAUCCUCAUUAGUCAUUCUCCAAGUAUUGUCAACAAUACACUUGUGCCUAUACCUCUCUCCGCUCUAAGGAUUGCGACUUUAGAGGCUUCUCAAUACCUAUCAUCUUUGGGCCAAAACUUCUACCAUGACUGGGAAGCUUCGCGGAUGUACAUCCAGUACGACAUGUCGGAUAUGAUUGAAGGUUAUGAAGUACCGGAUUGGCUAUUCGGUUGUGUUAUCACAAGUGUAUGCAUUCUCUUCAUUCUGUGGGUCUGGACGGAAAUCAAGUUGGACACAGUCUAUACUAGCUCGCUUUACAAAAACGUUGCGAUUGAAAUGGAAGAUCAAGUACAUGGCAGAGCUCCUCUAUUAAUGCGAUUCAACGUCAGUGAAACAAGCCUUGAGGGUGUCCCAAUCCUGGAAAGCUCCAUCACCAUGUUCCUUACUGUUCAUGAAUUCUAUAUCAAUCUUUUCUUGGCCAUUUUCCAAUUCGUCCUCAUCGGUACUCUAGGAGCCAUUCUUGCCAUCUACUCAAGAUUCGGAAAUGAAUAUGCUAGCAGUGUCAACUGGAGUCGCCAAGGCGGUUAUAGGGAAAUGCUAAUGGCGUUAAUAAACUCACGCCGGAAUGCACCACGUACGACCUUAAUUGUGCUGGCAAUCACACUUUUCGUGAGUUUCCCUAUUGGCUUUGCCGGUACUGGAGCCGCUUGGUUCAUUCGACGCGCAUCUAAACCAAUCGAUAUCACAGCUCGCUACAUCCGUACUCCUCAAUUCGCUCCAGUCGGUGAUUACAAGCAUUUUAGUGACUGGAAAUUUCCAAUUCAGUAUGGAGACAACGUUACCGAAGUAUUAUCUCGUGCUCUAAGCGACACAAAGAACAUCGCCAAUGCUGAGGAUGGACAUCUGUAUCAACCACGCCAGAAGGCGCUAGCCCAAUCAAAAGCAAUGGUUACUACUCUCUCUGAUAACCGAUGGAGAAUGGCAGUUCCUUUCCAAGGCGAAAUCUCAGUCCUCAAUACUCACGCUUUGCCGCAAAUCGACUAUAAAGGCAUGCUAUGUGCCAUUCCUGAUUUAUAUCCUCCGUUUGAGCAAACCAUUAAAGAUGGUAUGAUCAAUAUUCCAAGGACCAGGACCACAAAGUGCGUGACAGGGCGUGGCGAAGUAGGAGUGGUGUCAUUUUCUUCAGUCUACUUUCAAUCAAUGAAACUGGAAACGUUUCGCGACAUUGCUUCAUCAGUCUUUAUCGAGUAUGACGAGAUGCUUCAGGCUAUGGAAUCCAAUCUCAACAACCCAAGUUUUACAACGAACUCGACUCUUCUAGCAGAAAUUCAGUCGGAUGAAUUUUCAGUCAAUGUACUCGCAUGUGCUGUGAGUGUCUCUCCGAGUUCUCGGUCUAUACGUUGCUCCUAUAACAUUUUUAGCACAAUAUUGGCAAGGGCACCGAAGAUUGACCCCGUUAUUUCGAAUACCUUCAAUGCAUCAUUUCCAAGGCACCAAGAGUUUUCAAAUAUGGCGAUAUUCGAGCAUUUCCCUAAAGCUGUCGAAGGUUUCCCUAUGCGGAUCUCCAUAUCCGGUUUACGAUACUCAACAAUUUCUAUCACUAUCUACAUGGCACGACUCGGCUAUAGCUUCAUUCCAGACUGGGUUAGCAGCUCUCUCUAUGUAUUGUACGAUAUCAAGGCUCUGGAGCGGGGAAACGAGGUGCCAACCUGGUUGAUAUGGCUUGUAGGUGUUAUCACUGGUGCUUGCAUCGUUCUCUGGGGUAUUGUUGAAUGGAAGUUGGAUUACCAUUACACACGAUCUCUGCACAAGAUCAUAUCCACCAAGAUAGAAACCCAAUAUGAGGCCCGAGGACCAAAAUUGGUGCGGUCAAGCUUUAAGCCUCUCAAUUUGUAUGAGUUACUGGAUUUUGGUACUAUUCCAACGCCAGAACAGUGUGCCGACACUCCUCCCUCUCAAAGAGUAUUAGCGCUAAUCCCAAAUCAAAAAACCCUUCGCAAGAACAGCGUGAUUGGUCAUUUUUUCAAAUCAAGCAAGGAAGAGUUCCAGUGUCAGGUCCUGAAAGAUGAAGAAAUCCGUGACAUUUCAUACAAGGAAUCCGGGAGUGGAUAUUCAAGAUCUGUUCAUCUAAUCCAGCUCCAUGGGAAUUUAUAUAGUGCUCUCCAAGAAUUCCGCAGUUAUCAGAGCAGGGUUAAAAGUAUCGUGCCACUACCCGAUCCGAAAGAAGUUGACAUGCUUCCCCCAACAAUAAAGACAAGGCUCGACAUCACACGAAAUGAGAUUGUUGAUGAGAGACUCAAGAAGUUGCUCCCUCAUGAACAAGAAGCAUACGAAAAAGUGCUUUUACUACUCAUAGCCUUCAACGAAGUGAUGUCCAAUACAAUUAAUUUGACGAACUUCAGAGCAGCCUUUGAAAUGAUCAACCCCUAUUUCGAUACUCUAGUUAGCAUGCGCCUCACAUAA